GAAUUAGUAUUAGUUUCUUUUUCUAGAUCUUGUUUCUCCCUCUUUCAAUCUUCUAUUAUAUUCUAGUUUGUAAGACCUAUGUUCAUAUGAAUAAGUUUGUGUGUAUUCAGUUUGACCAUUUUAUGAAAAUAUAAUGCUUUUUAAGUGUUUGUUGAAAUAACUAAUAGAAAUUAUAAAAUCGUCUAAGAAAUCUGGGCUCGUUCAUCAUUAUGAGAUGAAUAUCCAAUUCCCAGAAAUGCCAAGCCAGAGGUCGUCACACUAGACCAUUUUGAUAAAUCUAUUACUUACUAGAGAAUGUUGUCAUAACAUAAGUUGGGACCACUGUUUUUUUUGUCACGAUAGAGUGACAAUGGUCUUUAGGUUUCCCCAAUUUACAGCCCCACAGAUACUCUUUCAAGUUUCUUUUGAAGGCUCAGCCACAUCUUUUCCUUUGCUUGGGUUUGCUCUUGGUUCACUGGAGGAUUUGGUCACCUCAGAAAUAGAAUCAAGGAUGUUGUACAUAGUAUUUAACGGAAGAUGGAAUGCACACAACAAAUAUGUUGAUCAUGAAAUCAAACUCCUAAUGGUGCAUAAAGAUAUAAAAUUUUUGGAUUUGGUAGAUAAGAUACACAACUUGCUCAAUUUGAAUCGAAAUUUGGUUUCGAUCAACAUUCUAUUUGAUGUGAAUAUGGGUACAAGCAAAGGAAUGAAGAUAGAAAGCGAUAUGGAUUUAGAGGCUUACUUGAUCGAGAACAACACAAAGGAAGAUCUGAGAAAUUGUCCUCUUAUUGUUGAAGUAAUUGAGAAGAACCAAACAAUGGCCUUGUCAAGAACAACUAGCAUUGCUGCAACUACUUCAGCAAGUAACGCAACAAGCAGAAAAAAGACAGCAGCAAGCAGUAGCGCUUACAGCGGCACAAACAGCACAUCAUCACGAGCUUCUUGUAUGGCUACUGAAGGAGGACAAGAAGUUCAAUCACCUCUAACUGUCUUGCCAAGUAUGGGCAUUGAAGACCUAAGAGUGAAUCAUAUGUUCAAGAACAAAGAAGAGUUGAAAUCUGCUCUUUCGAGGAUUGCUAUCAAGAAGCACUUCCAAUACAAGGUUAAGAGAUCAUGUUCGCUGACAUUUUGGGCAAAAUGCAUAGAUGAAAAUUGUGAGUGGUACCUCCGCGCUAGAAGCUCUAAAACAUCAAGCUACUUCAGAGUUAUCAAGUACAAAAAUUUUCACUCAUGCUCCUUAAAUCACAAAAGUACUGAUAAUAGACAGGCUAGUGCAAAAGUAAUCAGUGAUUGCAUCAAAGAAAAGAUUCGUGACCCGAAAACAAACUACAAAACAAGACAAAUAAUAAAUGACAUGCGAGAUGAGUAUGGAGUGCAGGUAAAAUAUAACAAAGCAUGGAGGGCAAAGGAACUAGCAAAGAAUAAUGUCAGAGGAUCAUAUGAAGAGAGUUAUGCUGAGUUACCUGCGUACUUACAUAUGCUGAAAUUGUCCAACCCAGGAACCAUCACAAGAAUUGAGAAAGAUGAUGACAAUAGGUUUAAAUAUAUGUUUCUGGCUUUUGGUUGCUCGUUGGAUGGAUGGAAACAUUGCAGACCUGUUGUAGUGGUUGACGGAACUUUUUUAAAAACAAAAUGUGGAGGAACGUUAUAUGCAGCUUGCGCUAAAGAUGGAAAUAACCAAAUCUUUCCUCUUGCCUUUGGAAUUGGAGACUCUGAGAAUGACAAAGCGUGGAAAUGGUUUUUCAAAAGGCUUAAAGAAGCAAUAGGUGAACGAGAAGAGAUGUGCAUAAUAUCUGAUAGGCACAUCAGCAUAAAGAACGCGAUUGCAGAAGUCUUUCCAGGAAUAUACCAUGGGAUAUGUGCUUACCAUUUGAAGCAGAACUUAAGGAGUAGGUUUAGGGGUGUGCACGUGCAAGCCACAUUUGAAAUUGCUGCUAGAAGUUAUUCAGUUCCAGAGUAUGAUUCUGCUAUGGCUGAGUUGCGCAACAUCAAUCCUGAAAUUACCACAUACUUAUUGGAAGCAGAUCCAAAAAGGUGGGCUAGAUCGUUCUUUCCGAAAAGAAGAUAUAAUAUUAUGACCAGCAAUAUUUCUGAGUCAAUAAAUUCUGCCAUUGAACAUGCAAGAGACCUACCUAUAACUCCAUUAGUAGAAGCUCUUAGAGAAAUGGUACAAGAUUGGUUCUCAAGACGAAAAGAGGCAGCUACAUGCCAAUUUUUUGACGUGACAAAAUGGGCAAAUGACGUAAUGGAGAGCAAACUUGAUCAAGCAUUUCGAAUGAAAGUUGAUAAAAUAGAUAUGUUCAAAUAUCAAGUCACCUAUGGUGACACAACCUUCAUUGUUGAUCUGACUGAAAACUCAUGCUCUUGCAAGGAAUUCCAACUAGAGGGAAUUCCAUGUGCUCACGCCAUUGCAGCAAUCGAUGCGAAUCAUUUUGAUAAAUACAAGUUUUGCUCCGGGUGGUAUAGGAAAUUUGUUUUGUUGGAAACAUAUGCAGGUUCAGUUAACCCUCUUCCAAAGAAAGAGGAUUGGAACACCCCAGAUAAAAUUAAAAAAGACCGCAUCAAGCCUCCUGAAUUCAAAGUUAAACCAGGACGUCCUAAGAAAAGAAGAGGAGAAGGAAUUGGAGACUAUGCCAAGCGUGGUCGACGUCGAACGAUGACAUGUGGAAAUAGUGGAAUAUUGGACAACAAUAAAAAAAGUUGCAACCACACAACCAACCAAUUCUAAAGCAAGGAUUCUAGCAUUGAAUGAUAAUUACUUUUUAAAAGUUGGGGGUCACUUGGUAAUCUCCAUCAAGGCCAAUUGCAUAGACUCUACAAUUCCGUGAGCAUGUUGCUUGAACAUAUAUAGCUUUAUGUUUUAGACUUGAAAUUAAUAAUAAUAUGUAUCGGUUGAAGAAGCAAAGAUAGCGAGCUUUAUUGAUUUGUUUUUUAUUUUCUUGUUGGAUUGUAAUUCUUUGAACAUUUUUGAUGCAUGAGCUUUAUUGUAAUCAAAUAUUUGACCACACUUUUUAAGACUGUAGACAUACCUUUUCAUUUUAAUUUUUACACAUUUGGUUCUCAUUUAUGUUUUUGAUGAUAUAAAUAUAUUAUGAUGCUUACUUUGUAGGAGCUAAUAUUGACAUUUUUA